AUGGAGAACCAGACAGAUGUGCAUGAGUUCAUCCUCCUGGGUCUGGUAAAUGAUCACAGACAGCAACAUAUUCUCUUUGUACUUUUCCUGCUUCUCUACACAUCGUGCUUGUUGGGGAAUGGAGCCAUUUUGGUUGUAGUCCUGACUGAUCCACGGCUCCAUACCCCCAUGUAUUUUUUUCUAGGCAAUCUCUCUUGUCUAGACAUAUGCUACUCUACAGUUACGGUACCAAAAAUGCUAAGUGGGUUCUUAACAGAGCAACAGUCUAUCUCCUUUACUGCCUGCCUCACUCAGCUACACUUCUUCCACUUUUUGGGCAGCAGUGAAGCUGUGCUCCUGGGUGUCAUGGCAUAUGAUCGCUAUGUAGCUAUUUGCAACCCUCUGCGAUACACAGUCAUUAUGAGUAAAUGGGCUUGUAUCUUGUUAGCUGUGGCCACCUGGUCUGCAGGCUUUUUUCACGCCCUUAUGCACACAGUGGUGACCUCUCGGCUGUGGUUCUGUGGCCCCAACCUUGUCGAGCACUUCUUUUGUGACAUCAAGCCCCUCCUAAAACUUGCCUGCAGUAGCACUGCCCUCAACCUCACUCUUCUCAGUGUUGUCACUGGUUCCAUUGCCCUGAGUCCAUUCUUCCUGAUUCUUCUCUCCUACCUCUACAUCAUCUCCUUUCUUUUCUUCAAAGUCCAGACAUGGAAGAGCCGUUGGAAAUCCUUCUCCACCUGUGCUUCCCAUCUGACUAUUGUGGCUGUCUUCUAUAUUCCAGUCCUUUCCAACUACAUGCUUGCCUCUGCCCGUGAAUCAUCGGAUAGAGACAUGAUCAUCUCUCUGUUGUAA